UAACACAGAAGGGGAAGGUAUUCUCGAUAUAUUAUAUUCAUUGUGACAUAAUAUAACCGUAAAUAUUACUAGUAUAUACAGGAAAAUAUGUUGCCACGUUUAUCUAUACAACUCAGACGAAAGUUGUUAAAUAUAACUGAAAGUGUACAGAAAAUAAGAGAAUGCAAAUUUAGUGGCCUUGCUCGUAACUCAAUAAACAUACCUGUGGAAAGGAGUUUUGUAUUUAAUGUUCAUAAACAUGCAAAAGUAUAUGGAGUUUGUAUUGUUCGGAAUCAAAGCACAGUUGAUACAACAGUAACUGAGGCUGUAUCAAAAUUGCAACCAGAUCCACUUGUACAACAGACACAAAGUGUAGCAGAUACAACUGCAAAUGAUGCAGUGUAUAAUACAGUAAAUAAUGCAAUACCAGAGAGAAGAUUUAUAAGUGAAAUACCAGAUCCACCAGCACCAUUUGUAGAACAAAUAGCAGAAGCUGUUAAAUUUCAUGCGAAUGGUGAAAGUACCUUUCAAAGUAUAGGAUUAGGUGGCUGGAGUCCUGUUGGACUUAUACAGCAUUAUUUUGAAUGGAUUCAUAUUACUUGUGACAUGCCAUGGUGGGCAGCAAUUACACUAACGACUGCAUUUUUAAAAAUUGUAGCAAUACCACUUCUAGUAGAUACAAUGAAAAAUAAUAUAAAAACACAGAAUGUUUUACCAGAACUAUUACGAAUACAGGAAAAUUUGACUGAAGCAAGAAAUUGUGGAAAUAAAGAAGAAGCUACUGAACAUGCCUAUCACUUACAGAUGUUUUAUAAAAAAAAUAAUAUCAAGAUAUUUCCAUUGUCAAAUAUUGUGAGGUUUGGUAUGCAUAUACCAGUAUUUUUUGCUUUAAGAGGAAUGGCUAAUGCACCUGUAGAAAGCUUAAAGUAUGGUGGAGUCUGGUGGUUUACAGAUUUAACUAUUGCUGAUCCAUAUUACAUACUGCCAGCAUUUACCAGUGCAACACUGUUCAUAGUUGCUAAUUAUUCACUGAAGUCUGUCAGUGCAAGUAAUAUGUCCCCCCUGGUGCGAUAUGCCGUUCAAGGAAUGCCACUUGUUGCAUUUCUAUUUGUAAUGAAUUUUCCAGGAGCACUUUUGUUGUAUUGGGUUACUUCAAAUCUAAUAACUGUAGUACAAACUGAAAUGUUUAAAUUGGAGCCAGUAAAAGCAUAUCUUAAUCUGCCAGUUUGCAUAAAACAUAAGACACCCAUUAAACCUAAGUCCAACAAAUCUUUCCGCCAAGCAUUUUCUGAAUCUUGGAGUAACUUGAAAGUGACUAAUAAACUAGCAGCUCAUGCCAAGGCUGAUUUGUAUCAAUUUAAUAGUGCAGGGAAAGCUGCAGUGAAGAAAACCUAUAAAUAUAAUCCAGUGAGAGGUGUAUCAAGAGAGACAUCUGCUGCAUCAGUGUUAGCAAAGAAAAAAUAA